GGAGGGAUGAGAGAGAGAGAGCGAGAGAGAGAGGGAGGAGUGGAGGAGUGUGCGCUUUCAGGCAGGACAGGAGGGCGCGCGGGACAUCAGCACACCGGGGCCGGGUCAAGGAGCUGCAAGGAUGGAGAUCCGACCAGACAGGUUUAAGGCGGUCGCGGGCAAAACUCUGGGGAAAAUUCACAGGCUGAUUGAAAAGCGGCAGCCCAAUGGAGAAACCAUUGAGUUAUCAGCCGAGGGCCGUCCCGAGCUGGUGGAGGAGAAGGAGCUGCCGGUGGUGGACUGUACCUGCUUCGGUUUGCCCAGGCGGUACAUCAUCGCCAUCCUGUCUGGCCUCGGAUUCUGCAUCUCUUUUGGCAUCCGGUGCAACUUGGGGGUGGCCAUCGUAAGCAUGGUCAAUGACCACACCGUCUACAAAGGCAACAAGGAAGUGCUUGUGGCUGCACAGUUCACCUGGGACCCUGAGACAGUGGGGAUGAUCCACGGCUCCUUCUUCUGGGGUUACAUCGUCACACAGAUCCCGGGUGGCUUUAUAUGUCAAAAAUUUGCAGCCAACAGAGUGUUUGGCUUUGCCAUAGUGGCCACCUCCACCCUCAACAUGCUGAUUCCAUCUGCCGCCCGCUGCCAUUACAGCUGCGUCAUACUGGUCAGGAUAUGCCAGGGCCUUGUUGAGGGUGUAUCAUAUCCAGCCUGCCAUGGGAUCUGGGCCAAGUGGGCGCCUCCUCUGGAGAGAAGUCGAUUAGCCACAACAGCCUUUUGCGGAUCCUAUGCAGGAGCUGUGGUGGCCAUGCCUUUAGCUGGGAUACUGGUGCAAUACACUGGGUGGCCUUCAGUAUUCUACGUCUAUGGCAGCUUUGGGAUAUUCUGGUAUUUAUUCUGGAUUCUAGUGUCGUAUGAGAGCCCUGCAGCACAUCCCACCAUCACUCCAGAGGAGAGGAAGUACAUCGAGGAUGCAAUUGGAGAAUCUUCAUCAUUUCUCAAUCCUCUCCAGAAAUUUAAAACCCCAUGGAGACACUUCUUCACCUCCAUGCCAGUCUACGCCAUCAUUGUGGCAAACUUCUGCAGGAGCUGGACCUUCUACCUGCUGCUCAUCAGCCAGCCGGCCUACUUUGAAGAAGUCUUUGGCUUUGAGAUCAGCAAGGUGGGCAUGGUGUCAGCUUUGCCCCAUCUGGUGAUGACAAUCAUCGUGCCCAUCGGAGGCCAGUUGGCGGACUACCUGAGAAGCCACAACCUGAUGUCCACCACCAACGUCAGGAAGAUGAUGAACUGUGGAGGUUUUGGGAUGGAGGCUACUCUCUUACUGGUGGUGGGAUAUUCUCACACAAAAGGUGUUGCCAUUUCCUUCUUGGUCCUUGCUGUGGGUUUCAGUGGAUUUGCCAUCUCAGGGUUUAAUGUCAAUCACUUGGAUAUUGCACCUCGAUAUGCCAGCAUACUGAUGGGCAUAUCAAAUGGGGUGGGAACAUUAUCUGGAAUGGUGUGUCCUCUCAUAGUAGGAGCCAUGACCAAACACAAGACACGUGAAGAAUGGCAGUACGUCUUCCUUAUAGCUGCCCUCGUUCAUUAUGGAGGAGUGAUUUUCUAUGGAAUCUUUGCAUCAGGAGAAAAGCAGGCGUGGGCAGACAUAGAGGACACUAGCGAAGAGAAGUGUGGUAUUAUUGAUGAAGAUGAACUGGCCAAUGAGACAGAAGAGCUCUACCGUGGGGGUGGGCAGUACGGGGCCAUGAGCCAACAAGUGGUUGGUUCCAACGGAGGUGGGGCCGGGGGAGGAGGAGCCGGAGCUGGAUGGGUGACGGACUGGGAUAAAUCUGAGGAGUAUGUUCAACCACCUGGAUACAACUCUUACAUGUAUGGAGGAGAAGUGGAGAAGGAGCUUACAUAGAAGAUCUACAUUAUACAAGUUUAAAAAAAAAAAAAAAAGAUAAAGAAAUGAGGAAGAUUGUUUUUGGAAAGGGAUUGUGAGAGAGUCACUGCAAUACUGAAUGGACCUCCUAUGUGCUUUUGUACAAUAGCCUAUUUACAAUCGCACAUAUCUAAAGUAUGCAUCUGAUUCAUUCCAUUGUGUGUGUGUGUGUGUGUGUGUGUGUGCGUGUGCGAGCGUGUAUGUGUGUGUGUGUGUAAGCAUGUGCAUGCAGGUGUUAGAGUCGUUAAUGUACAUAAACACAUACAGUAUUCAUUUGCCAAAAAAAACAAAAAAAAAACAAACUGAACUCAUCUCCCAGACUUCCUUCCUGCUCCUGAGCUCGUUGUGACUGGUCAGGAGAUCUGUUUCCACGACAUCACUGAGUAGAUUGUGUGUAUGCGUAUGUGUGUGUGUGCGUGUGUUUGUGGUGGGCUUUUUGCCUGUACAGCAAGUCUCUCAAGCCACUGGCAUUGUGUUGUAUUUAAAUUUUUAUGUGUAAGCCACACAUUUACUUUUUGUGCUCAGAAAGCACCUUUGGGGCCUCAGAUUUAAGAUGUAAAAAUUUUUAGCUUACAACACCUUCAGUGUUAAUACACAAGCUCAUUCUGUAUUUAUUCAGUCUAUAAUACUCUCAGUGCUCUCAGAUGUUAUAGAAAUCAUACUGAUCAUAUGAGUCAUGUCAACACACAAGCUAAAAGCUAAUGUGUUUUUAUGAGUGAGGCCCCCUGUGGACAAUCUUGUUAGUGAUGUAUCCAGUUAAUUUAGCUUCACCGAAGCAACAUUAUGUUUCCAAGGCAUGCAUAAUUAAAGUGUGCUUGUAUGUGGUAGUCAACAUGGGUUCAUUCACGUGGUGAGACUCUGACAUUUUAAACCCCUGGUGACUACUUCCAAACUUUUCAGCCAGAGAGGAAAAAGGUGCUUAGGUGUUGUGUAUCGGUCUGUGUAUGUGUUUGUAAAGCUGUGAUGCUUUUGUUAUAACAGGCUGCCCUUAAUGUGUGCGUGCGCAUUUGUGUGUGCAAAAGGCGCGUGCUUGAGUUUGUGCGCAAAAGCUGCAUGUGGCGUCUCGCUGAAAUCUCACCUGGGUCUGACCUAACUAGGUCAUGUGAGAUUCAGGUUCAUGGGUCACAAAGCACAUAUCAUGAGUAAUCAUCUGACACUUGUGACUUUCCAUUUUGUGUGUAUGGUCCCAUUGGAGAGGUGGCCCAGGAUGACAAGUAGAGUGUGAUAGUCGCUUAACUGUUCCACUGCUUAACCAGCGCGGAACAGUAGUUAUAAUAUUCCCGGGCACCACGGCGUGUGCUGCCUCUGUUUCUGCCUUUCUCUGUGUCUCUGUGGCUGCCUCUCCUUCCAUUUCCCUCCCUGCGUUCAGCAGGACAAUCUCUGUUUCCUCCCCUCUCAGUCUUUAAUCUUUGUUGGUGCUGUUUCCAUGUCUUCAGACGUCAGUCAUGUUUGAGUUGGUGGGUCAGAGCUUUUCAGACUGUCUGUGUGUAUGUGUGAUAGUGAGUGUGUUGUUGUGUUGGGUACAGGUGCUGAAACAUUGUGCGGUGAGCAUGUUUUAAUGAGCACAGCAGUGCAGUACCCCCCGUCAUCCCUCUCUUCCCUUUACACACAAAGACACACAAAGACACACACACACACACACACACACACAGGGCGCUAAUUUCAUGCAAGCAUAGUCAAGUGUACCAAGUGCGCAGAGGGACUGGUGGCACACUAUUUGGUAUUUAUCUGGCUGUAGGAGUAAAGCACAUCCAUGGCGCGCAUGGAAACAGGGUGGGAUAAUCAAAACUUUAUUAUCAUACAUUAUCAGAGGGUGUGUUAAGGUUUGUUGACAAUCGUGGCCAAUCACAUCAGCUCCUAUCACAUCCUUUCAAAGCAGCAUCAUCUCCAUCUUAACGCACUGACUGCUGGGUGGCGGAGCGGAGAAUCCAGAGGUGCUUCUCCUGAGAGGACACUAACAUUCUCAUACAGGAGGGAAACCACCUCAUUGUGCAACAUAUGCAGAACAACUUUUUGCGCCAGCACAUGCAGUAGAUAGAGCCAACAGACUCAGACAUGAAACAUGGCGCGCACACAAACACACACACAAGCACGCUCCGCAUUCUGCUUGUACUCACAGGUCAUGCUGACACACAGUCAUUUAUUUUUGAAUUUAAAGGUGUACUUGCAGACAGCUCUUUCUAGAAGAAUCUAUUUCUUUUUAUUUUAUACAGUGGGGUUCAAAGUUAUUGGUCUCAGACUUUUGGACCUCACUUUAGAAGGUUCGUGAUUUGAGUUUGUGAGAAAACGAAAAAUACACUGCUGGAAUGUUUAAAAAUAAAAGACAAAUGAGGGUUUGAUGGUGAGAUCUUUUGGUAUGUUAAUAAAUUAUUUUUAAAAAGUGACUAAGGCAAAUUACCAUUUUCUUUUGAAGUGAAAUGUCUCAAAGACAUGAAUGAUUAUUCCUGUGAACAAUUUAAUUUGUAAGUGUUGUAUCUGUGUAUUUUUAAUCAAGUUUCUUCUUUGUCUCAGUUUAUGGCUGUUCCAGUGUUGUCCUCCCCCCCUCUUGAUGAAAUGUGUGGUUACCCGGUGGGAAUCAGUGUAAAAAUAAAAAAAGGAAAUGAUCAUAUUUAAACAUGCGAAAAUGUGGAAAAUAUUCUAUGUAUAAAAGAUGUACAUGUGAGAUAUCCUUGUGUAUAAUAAAAUUUAAGCAAUUGA